GACAAAGAUGGAGAUAAAGUAAUCACUAAUCAUGUCUGUCAACAUGGGGGAAAGAGCUGGCCAUACUGGUUCAGGAAAAUGGGUAACUGAGUCUGCUGCUAUGAGAUUUAGUGUUUUAAUCCAGUGGAUAGGAAGACUACAAAACAGUCCGUAUUUUUGCGUAUUCAAGUACGCGCGAGCAGUCAAACAAAAGGUCUGGGACGAGGCUGAAAACAAAGAGCGAGACUGGAGAGAGACGGGCAUGUGAGGCUCCUUACACCACGCUUUACGAAUUAUCGAUUUCUUUACUGAUUUUGAGAAAAAAACCGACUGUUUUGCAGCCUAGUGGAUAGGGCUAUCCAGCGUUUGAACAACUGGGGCCAGUUGAAAACAGUGUGUGGAUUUACCUGUUCUUGCUGUUGUUUCAGAAAAUAUUACCCUCCUUGGCCCACAUACUCUUCAGCUUCAAGUGUUACUGAGUGACAGUUCAACUGCGCCAUCAAUUAAGAGUCUUCCAGCCCAUCGUAUCAGGUUCACCGUUACAGGUUUGUAAAAAAUGACCAGCCAGGGACAGUUGUAGGUUGCGUUUACGCUAGAUGUGAUUUUUCUGGAUUCGUGACGAUUCCGAACAAUUUGGUUCCAGAUUCGUUUUGUCGUUACACGCGGAAGCGUGAAUCCGAGAUAAGAACCUCCCGAAAAUUUUGAAUCCGAAAAGUUUACAUUAUGAAAAGAAUGUUUGAUGAGUAAUUUGCAAGUUUGCUCAUGUGAUAAGACAGAUCAAAAUUUAACUUUGCCACAGGUUAAACCCUUUAGGUUGGUUUAUCUUUGUAAUUAUAUUGAACUCAACUCCUACAGUAGAUCCACGCGAAAGACUGUCAUGUGGAGAAAUUGAGAAAUUCACGCGUAAUUGUUAAAUAACAAAUUACUACGGUUUGUCAAUUACUGUGGACGUUACCGUUAUAAUUCUUGUCGUCAUUAACAGCCUCGUCAGAAGUCAUAAAAUUUUCCCUGGCAUUUUUUUUUUAUUGCAAAAACCUUGAAUGGGAACAUUGUAGUUUUGAUCCACCCUGUUAAAAUAACUCGUACAUCUUUUGUUAUCUUGUUUCUCCUUUGUCAUUUCUGUUUAUUUAGAGGCUCAUCCAAACAAAUUCACCGUUGGAAUGUUGGAGACACCUCUUAGAGUAGGAGUUCCUUUCCAGGUAUACUUUUUUUGUUCUAUCCCCUUCUCCACCCCGUUUUUGAGAGGAUGUAUACGUAGCUCCCGUAAGGGGUGGGAGAGGAGUUCUUCCUAGUAAUAGGCCAAUGGGUAUGUGCCCCCCCGGAUAGGGUCGAGAGGAUGUAGCUCCCAUAGGCGGAGGGUACUUCCUAGUAAUAAACCAAUGGGUAUGUGCCCCUGGAUGGGGUCGCAUUUGGGUAUGUGCCUCCCUGGAUAGGGUCGAGAGGAUGUAGCUCCCGUAGGCGGAGGGUACUUCCUAGUAAUAGGCCCCUGGAUGGAGUCGCAUUUCCACGACUGGGUUGACUAUAAUUGGAAAUAAUGGCCUUGCAUUUGCAGAAGAGUUACCAGAAUUGGGAGUCAGGUUUUCGAGAUUUUGGGGGAAAAAUCUUUUUAAGAAGGGGCUUAAAACUGGGAAGUUGGGAUUGUGAAAACUACAUUUGCCCAAAAGUGACUAAGAUGGAGUCUAUAAUUGGCCACAGAAUGGUCUAUAGUUGUGAAGAGGUUCUAAGAGGCUAGCAACACAUAAUAAGCAAAAUAUUAUCCAAGUUCCCCUAGCAAUCUGAACUAGAGGGUGGUAACAAGGUUUAGCUAGUCUAGAAUGGUAAUUAUAACAUACUUUGUUUUCUUGGUUAAGAUUCCACUGAAUUUGCUGGAUGAGUUUAACAACCCUUCAAAGUUAUCAGAGGAAAAAGCACCCGUGUUAAGUGCAAGGCGAGUGUAUUUUGAUAAAUUUUUAAUGAAACAUGGAUUCGUAACCUUGGUGUUAAAGUCAAUCUUGCCUUCAACGGAAUAACAUAUCUUCUUUACAUUGUUAGCGGACUGGAGUUAACUCACCAGGGAACAUCAGUGAAGGGAAACAGCCUGAUCGUUAAGGGUGUGAUGGCCCUUGGUUCUGUACCAUCCCAUGCAGGAAAGGUGAGGGAUUUUUGGAAAAAAACUUGGCCGGUGUGGUUCAAUUUCUCGUCAUAAAAUGGAGUAAGACGAUAUCAUCAGUAGCCUUCAUGAUUCAGAAUCUCAAACUUACAUUAAAUUUAUCUAAACGGUUUUUUUGUUUCUUUGUUGUAAAAGGAUUUUAAUCUAAAGAUCACCCUACCAGGACUCGAAGAGGGUUCACAGAGCUUGAAGAUCAGGUUACUUCCAGAUACUCUUUUGACGCCAUAUGUGGGUUGAGUUUGUUGUUGGUUCUCUCCCUUACUCCGAGAGGUUUUUCUCCUGGUACUCCGGUUUUUCCCGCCCCUUAAAAACCAACACUUCCAAAUUCUAAUUCGAUCUGGAACGCACGGACACGUUUCAACGAGUUCUUAAGAACUCCUAAGUGCUCCAUGGGUAAACAAAUUACGAUUUACAAUUUUCACCAGCAUGUAAAUUUUCCCUUAAAAAACGACUCCGAGACUGUCUAAAAAGGAUGCGUUCCUUUGGGUUGAUUAGGAUCAGUGAUCAGAGAUCACUCGGAUCACGCUACAUCAAAUGAACCGAAGAAACCUUUCCCAGUGUUGAUUUGUCGGUUCCUUUGAUGUGCUUUGGUUUGAGUGAUCUGUGAUCACUGAUCCUGAUCUGGCUUAUCUCAAUGGAACGCACCUUACAAGGCAACGUGGCUGUAGGGUUUUACUGUGUCGUGCACGCCCUCUUCUCAGUCCAAUUUUUGACGCUCUUUAGCUUGUUUCUGUUUACUGAAUCACGUUUUGUGCUGCAGGCCCACCAGAAUCCCUUGCGGUCACACCAAAUGACAGUGAAGUCACAAUUGAAAACAACAGUGCCCUGCAGCUACAAGUGCAGGACAAAGCGGGAAACCUAACAGUUCAACCAAGGCUUAAUGUUGUCUGCAAGGUAACUGUGCUAAUGUUCACCCCGUUUUGAUUUGACUAACUGUGGAGUAAUUGCUCCUUAUUCCUAACAUUAGAACUUCAAUUUUAAAAUGCUGGUUCCACAACUUUGUUAAGGAGUCAUGAGGCGUUGAGUAUACUGUGUUCAAGCAAAUUGACGAUUGUUAGACGUUCACUGCAACUACAUAUUUUAAAAUCCCUGAUAGCUCUAAGCUUUGGAGAAUACACAAAGAACCUCAUACCUUGUUUCCAACAUACGGUAAACUGUUCGUAUUAUUUUAUUGUAGGCAAGCUAAAUGUAAUCUACAGUUACUGCUGUCUCGAGCUCCGUGAAUAUCAACUUGACCUUGCUAUAGUUUUAGAACCAAAAUUUGAUCAGAAACUUCACAGAUCUUCACAUGCAGUGUCCUUUGUAUGGAGAAUAACAACUGGACAACAAUUUUCCAAGGUCUAUUCUCUCAUCGAUCACAGAAAUGAUGUCAAAAUGUUCAAAACUCGAGUGGAGCCACGAGAGGCAGGCGAGCUGCAAGUUUUGAACUUCUGAUGUCAUUUCAAUGGUCGAUAAUUGUAGCCACCAUGAAAAAUUGUCGAUUGUAGAGCAGACGUUGGAGGCAUUUUUAUUUAGUUUUUUUUUUUAACGAAAGCUCAGAGGUACAUUGAUGGCGGCCGCCAUCUUAAAAGCAAUGUCCAAGAUAGCGGCGAUAGUACCAUCGUUCGCACUUCAAAAUACGCCUAUUUUGCACGUUACAAUCGGCGACAAAAUUGUUAAGACAAUGGGACAAUCUAGGAGAACAAAACAAUCCGUACCUCUCCUCUCCCCCCCCCCAUCCCGUCCGUUCAUAGUUAGGGUGUUUCGAACAGGUAGCUCGAACAGCGGCACAACGUUGCAUGGAGGGGGUAUGGGAGGGAAAGAUUUAUUCCCCCCUUUUAAGUUAGCAAGACGUCAGAGAUGCCCUUUAGGGCAAAGUGUCUCAACUAAUUUUGUGGCCGAUUGUAGGGAAAUCGCGCGAGAGAGAAAGAGCAACAAAAUAUAUAAGGCCAUGAUCACUUCAUUUCCGAGUCUCAUCGAGCACAGCUCUCGACUAAUCAGCGUGUGAAAAAUCGCUUUGUUAUUGUAAAACUUGAAUUUGAUAAGAAACAACUUGUUGUGUUGUAGCUGACAGGCACAGCAGGCUUACCAACUUGCAUAGGAGACUGCAGUGCAUCUGGGAAGGCCUCCCUAACAGGCGCUGAUAUCAGUCUGAAGCAGAUCACCAAGGAAACCAAACUAAAGGCCAAUAUAGAGUUACAGGUUUGUCAUUUGAUUAGGGAAAUGGUGAUGGUCCCUUUUGGCUUUGGUACUAGAGACCUUUAGAUUCAAGAACGAGGACGACUGCUUAUUCUCAAAAUACAGACUCCCCGGAAAGCUUCAUUUUACCAUUUUUCACUAGAAAAUUUAGCACUGUUAUCUUUAGUGAAGGAGGUUACGCGCUCUCCCGAUCCCAAAAUGAUAAAACUUCCAACAUUUGACAACUUGUUUUCGUCACCACGACAUUCGCGCUAGAAUUCGUAGUAGAGUGACGACGGCUACCACGUUUUCCCGCCAAAAUGAGGCUGGUUCACGCGCAAGCCCUACUUUGUAUUGAGAAAAUCUCGUACUCGUCUUAGAAUCUAAACCUCUCUACUAUCACCCUGCGAGCAGGGCCUGCUUUUGUCCUUUUAAGUGAGGAGGAAAAAAAGGAGGUUCUGUCUGAUUUGCAUGAUCCCAGUGAAGUCGCCGAAGCCAGAACAUCUGGACCAGUCAAUCUUGUUCUCUAUCGUCAAACUGGUUUUCCAAGUGCGACCGACCGUUUAUUGAUGAACCGAAGGCCAUACCUAAACCCACUGUACCGUGUGCACAGCUUUUAGACCUGGGUUCACAAAAGUUUAUCAGCAACAAUUGCCUCAUGUACAACAACAAGCUUACUCGAUUUGUGCGGAGUCUUUCUCAAAUACGCCAAAAUCGAGAAAGUUGAAGGAAGGCACUGUCAGCAGGGUGUGGUGCGUAGUCGUAAAGUUCUUGCUUUACAUCUUUAAAUUGUAUCUGGGCUUGGCUGACCAACACCCCGAACCUUAGCAUGUUUGUUUGUCGUUUUUAUAAAACACACAACGGUAGCCCUGAUUUAGUGACUGGUUAUGAUCUUUUAGCAUCAUAAAGAGGUUGCUUCAGUGGAGAAGACCAUUAUUGUGACACCCAGUAGUAAAGCAGCAGAGCUGGAAGUGUUUUACAAAUUUCCUGAUGCGAAACAGAAGAAGAAGCUGGACGAUGGACAGGAGCUGCCUUGCACAGCAGGAAACGCACUUACUGGACUGAGUAUGUGAUAAACCACAAAUCAGUGUACUUAGUUUGAUAAGAUUUUUUCGCCCUUGUUAGCCUUAAGUUGCGUAGGGAAUUAGUAUAGGUAAUAGCAUGAUUUGUAGUGAUAUUUGGCAUAAAUACCACGAAUGAAAUUUGAGACUACUUUGAAAUAUCACGAGUGGUAUUUAUGACAAAUAUCACGUACAAAUCUUCAGGCUUAGAAAAGAGAAAAAAUGGGUUUGAAAAGAGGAAAGGCAUUUAGGUGCACCAAAAUGCCACUCCUUAUCAUAGAGGCAUGACCACAUCAGCUAAAAAUUAGGAAGUUUAUGCAACGAUAAAUAAUAAGAAACAAGCAAUCAAUAGGUUUUGCCUUAACUGAACUCGAUAUUAACGACACGUCACACUUUUUGGUGCAAACGCAAAGGUAUUUCCGGUCGUCGCUUCUCUCCACCCGAACAGGAAACACGUCUGCGUUCGCCCGCUAUCCUUUGCAGAACUCUAACACGAAAUUUCCCGCGAACUUAAAUGGGGGCACGAACAUAUGAAGAUACAUUUUCCUCUCUUUAUAACUUGGGAGUGGUCCCUUACAAUGUGUCCUUAGGAACAUUGGUCAUGAGCAAGUUGCUAUCACGAUUAAGUUUGAAAGAUCGAGUCUUCACUGUACUGGUGACGCCUUCGUAGUUACUUAAACUGUCCAUUCGCCUCCUUAGAAACGAGAAGGGGAUUUGAGCCCAUACGUGUCCCGCAAAUGUUUCUAGGAUUGUUACUGGGAACACGACCGUCAGCUAUUGGCCAAUUUUUUUCCCUGUUGUCAGUAACAGUCCAGAAGUCUUUGCAAACGUCAACUUGGUCUAGUUUCCUUCUCAGUGUGUAUCAGUCAAUUUUCUUCUUUUGUUGGUUUAGUUCAAUUUGCAGUCACAUUUUAUCUUCUGCCAGCUGUCAGUGUCACGACCUGGUUUCCUCCAAAGUUGGUUAAAUGUAACCCAGCCUAGCCUUUUUCUCGUCAUUAGGGACCUUACGAAACCACGACGACGACGGCAACGGGAACGUAAAAAAACAAUAGGUUUAAUGAGCAAAACAACAACUCUGCACGUGCAUCACGCUUUUUUGUACAUUUCUUUGCCUUUAAUGCAUAACUACGGCGUGAAAUAACCAAAUUUUAAGUUUACUUGGGAACGGGAACGGCAAGGCGAUAAAUUCUACCAUCUCUGUCCGAACUUGAACGCGUUCCCCUAUCUUCAGCUCCAGCCAAAAUCCCCUUCUUUUAAGUAACAGGGCGAAUUGGGAUAAUCGCGAAAAAGUUUGAAAUGACGCGAAGUCUGUUUUUCAGCGACGUUUUCAUGGAAGUCGCCGUUGUCGGAUCAUAUCCAAGGACGGCGACGGUAGCGAAGACGUUGUUAAAGUUCUAUCUCUUAUUGCAAGGGCAAGUUAAUAUUGCAAAUGUAACUGUAGCAUCUUGCUGUCACCGACAGGUUUUAGAAUUCUGGAUGAAGGACAGAGAGAAGUAACAAUAGACAACUCCCUAGCCAGCAGAUUUAAGGUAGAUCCAAGAGAGGUCUUAGUCAUUCUAAAUGGAAAGGAUAUAAGUAAUUCGCUUGCUCCUAUGUAAAUAUCCUUACGAAAGUCGUUGCGACAGUUAACUUAGCCCAGUUUCUAGAGUAGCGAAUCAAAUUUUAUACCAAUAGUACAUUUUCAGGUUACCGAGCAAACCAUCAGAUCUUUAUCAAAGCAAGGCUUGGUGCACAAUCAUCCAUGCGAACAUGAGUUUAAUUAAUUUGUGUGUGAAUGAAAACUUAUUUCCAUAAUGUAUAGGUUUAGCCGGGGCUAAAGGCGAAGCUCCUGUUAAUAAAAAACUUUUCAAUAAAGAAAUCCAGGUAGAGAUCAGCCUGCAAUCAGUUGAAAACUGGAAACUUGUCAGCGGUAAACUUAAAUUAAAAAGAAGACGUAACCUCGAUGGGUCGACACCUGAGCCCGUGAUACGGUCAGGUGAUACUGGUCAGCGGAUACUCUACUUUGACAGCUGUCAACUGACCACAACAUGGAUGUGCAAUAUCAGGUUGCAGGCUCCCAAACUAGCUAGAAAGUGUAGCAUUUCAUAUUGCUUUCCCUGUGGACGGGACGGGCGGGCUGGCGGGUCGUUGGCCGUACGGUCAUGUGACAGCCACAAUUUCUCGGAUGGGUAGGUAACCAAAUUUUCUUAGCUAUGGGGCUCCGCUAUGAAAUGACCAAUAACAGGAGUUUCUUUUAUAAAGAGGCUGAAGGCAAUCGGAAAAGGCCCAUUGUAGAAAACGAGUAGCCACCCAUAAUGUGAGCACGGUCAAAGACAGAAUAUUUCAGUAAAGGAAAUUGGACAACAAAAUGCAAUCCACUAGGUCAGCAUGUCAACUCAACAAUCAAGGCUCUUUAGGAAAUAGGAAUAACACACAUCUUCACAUAAGCAAACUUAGUGCGCUUUCCAUCUGCCAGACCAGCCCACUGUCCAGCCAGAAUAGUCUAUUUUUAAAUUCUGUGCACAUCAGUGUUGGUUUUCAGUACUAAAUACUGCGGCUGGCAUUAUAACUUUUACUUGUAAAUAUGAUCAUAUAACUUCCGUUCUAGUUAGACUACAUUGGCUCCCUGUUUCCUAUCGUAUAAGGUUUAAAGUGCUACUGCUGACUUACAAAGCGCUUAAUGAUUUAUCUCCUGACUACAUAUCUGAGCUACUUAAUAAGCCUAAAUAUACCGGCAAUCUUAGAUCUCAGUCUUAACAUCUGCUUAGUGUUCCUAAAUCCAGAACUGUUACCUAUGGCAAUAGAGCAUUUUCUGUCUGCGCUCCUAAGCUAUGGAAUGAACUGCCUUUUCAGUUGCGCAUGUCGUCAAAUAUACAAGCAUUUAAAUCAGGACUGAAGGCAAUGCUUUUUAAAAUGGCCUAUCUUUAGAUGGGCAUUUGCUUUAUUAUUUUGCAUACUAUUAUGUAUUUUCUUUUGUUUUCUAUUUUUUUGUAGUGUGUAAGUUGUAAUCAGUAAUUAUUUUUUAAUUAUAUAUAAUUGUAGAAAUUAGAAUGGUAGGAUGAAAUUGUAAAAACUAUUUUAUAGUUAGUAUAAGGUUUAAAAUUGUAAAGCGCUAUGAAUAAUUAGUAUUAAUAGCGCUAUAUACAUGAAUUAUUAUUAUUAUUAUUAUUAUUAUUAUUGAGACGAACGGUCUUGACGUUUGGUCGACUUUUGGUAAGCGCCGUUGGUGUGAAUUAGCAGUUGUAAACUUUUAUUGUUUAUCAAUGUGGUGACUUGUCUUCUUGUUUCUCCAGGUUAACUGGACUCCUAAAGUUGCCAAAGACAUCAUCAAGCAAGGGAUUCUUCCUGAUGUGAAGGUAAUUUAUAGGACUUCGUGAAAAUAGGUUUGUAAGUGACGAUUUAAGCUUCUAUGGAGCAACAGUUGGUUAGUGCGCGGCCUUCAGUGCUCAAGGUCCCCGGUGACAUCGCAUCCUUGAUCCAGCGUCUCUCCUUCCUGUGUAGCUUCAACUAGCUUUAAAUACCCCUUCAAUGAAGUGUGAUGAAGAAAGAGGGGUAAAAUGAGUGCAUUGUCGACCUCAAGUUUAUCAGUUGAGUUACUGUCAUAUCGACGUAAAAUAUGGUUGCUUUUCCUUUUCCAUCUUAACCCAUUCGCCCCUGAACCGCCCGUAACCGCCCGUGCGGAUCCAGGUCCUUUCUACCCUUUGUGACGUCAUCAGUUUUAACGGUCGAGGACAACUUUCUUCGCUAACUUGUGUAGAGUGAAGAGAUCUUUCAAACCAUACCAGAAUGAGCACAAUUCAGUCAAGGACACCGGAGAAAGAAGCAAAAAACCACGUGACAUUGACCUGAAAAUCUCCAUGAAAAUCUUGUUGCAUUGCUCACCUACCUUUCCUUUCACCUAAUCCUAAGAUCCUAAAAGCUUUCCUAAAAACUCUUCCCACCAAAAUGAAGCCUACUAAAUGCCCAGCAAGAGAAAAAAAACGAGACAAGAAAAGCGAAAAAAGAAGGGAGGAGAGAAAGCGAAAAGUAGAAGUCAAGACUGCUGUGUCACUUUUAAACCCCAAAACUAUAAAAUUUUGCUUUGUGCGCAUGCCCGAACUUCGCAAGCUGAUAUUUUGCCUCUGGAUCAGAAGGCCGCGAAGUGUACGACCUGUAAACCGGUUUCUGGUAAGUUUUAGCUCUUUAUAGCACGACAGUGACCAGAAAACCACUCGACUAGCUUCAAAACGCGUUUUUCGGCAAAAUCUCCAGCAGCGAAUGAGUUAAGCUUUUCAAGCUGCCUUUGUUGUUGAAUGUUUUGGUCACUAUUUGCUAUAAAUCAAAGUUUCAGUUUCCAAACAAUGAUCAUUCCAAAAAGUAUAGAUGAUAGCCAUAGGUAAAGCGAACACAUACAUGUAACGUACGUUUUGCUGCAUCAACUGAAAAAACAUACAGUGCUCUUUCCAGGCUAAGUUUUUUGUUUUGAGGUGAAAGUAUUGUCAUUUGUGUGUUCUUUGAAGGCACCUCUUUCUUGUGAUGAACCAAAAUACUGCCAAGUUAGUAUGACUGGUGGAGCAGGACUGGAGUUUUCCUUCACGUUAAGGUAACACCCAUCACUAUGAACGUUUUUGCAAAGUAAGACUUCUUGCCAGACUUAAGCGAGGGAGAAACAACAUUGUAUAAAAGUGACAGUACAGUGGACCUUCUUACAACGGACACUGAAGCCAGGGAGACGGACAUAGCUUUAAGCCGCUUACCAUGGCUGUUAGUUGCCUGUAACUUACCUCUUAGGCUACUAAUCUCUCUUUUAAUAACUCCCUUUGGGAGUGAUUUGACUUAAGAAGAGGUUGGUUUCAUGAACGUCAAGUCAGUUUAUCCAUGCAUUGCCUUUUCAGUAUCCUUUUCCCCUUUAAAUGUGCUAAUAUCAUUCUACGAAUAUAAAGUUUUGAACUGACGUUUCCAGCCGUUAUUUUGAGCACUAGGCGAGUUGUCAGAGCCAAUUAGAGAAUCGGAGUUGGUCUUGCGAACAGUUAGGGAAGUUAAGCAACUAACUCGACAACGGCUAUAACAACUCUUUUCACGUUUGUCGUUGCCAUUGUGGUUGUCCCUUAUAAGCUGGUUUAGAAAAAGAACAAAGCAAUUUGUCUAAUUUCGGUCACGUCCUGUGACAGACCCCAUGCCGACGCUCCCAGCAUCUUGAAGUGCUCAUGCAAUGAACCUCGCAUGAGAUUAGGAGAGCCUCUAGCAUCAGAUAUUAUUCUGUCAGCAACUGAUAAACAUGGCAACAAAACAGGCAAGGUGAGGAAUUUCCCUUCCGAACAUCUUUUCUUUUACAAAACCAAUCUGCAACAAUUGUUUCAGUAAUUCGUUUUAUUUUUUAAUCAACAAAUUUAUUUGAUUGUUUCCUCGUUUUCUGUGUUGUUUUGUAGUUUUCAGGUACAGUUUUUCUCUUUCAUUCGUCAGUUUUUUAGUGAUUGACUCCAAUUUACUUCCAUGUAUUUUAUAGUUUCUAGACCACGUAUUGCCGGAGUUUUAUGUUUCCUAAGGUGGACUGAACAAAUUGCAUACCUUUUCUUUUAUUUGAAUUUGUCAAAAAAAAAAAACUGUAACAUGUUUGCCAGGCUUGUUGGCCAUCACCCUCGUAUCAUGUUUUGUGCUUGAUUGUCUUCUCACUUGCUAUUUUGUUAUGCUUCCUGCUACACUAUUCAUGUACAAUCUUUUCUUUUUCAUUAGUCGAUUUCAAACCAUUUUUUCCCUUCUUUUGUUCUCUGGAUUCUUUUAGCUUCCCAACCACGUCUUGCCAGAGUUUCAUGUUUCAUCAGACGGGCUGAAAGAACGAGAAGUCCAGCUGGGAUUUACGGCUGUAAGUACCGGCCGAUUUUUUCUGACAACCAAUUCUUUUGGUCAUUCAUUCUUGCAAGGAGUCUCCUUACUGACUGCGUGCUCAAGCUGUCGUACACACUGGAAGUCACCUAAACUGGUGGAAAUGCUAAUUUCGAGUUAAAAGGGCUUUGUCACGAAAUUUUUCAAAAUGCAAACAGUUUUGUUUUACUUUAGUAGUUUCCAAAUUCAUGAAUUCUCGUCUCCACUCAAGGGACAGGUUCACGGUUAAGCGCAUGCUCAUUAAUUAAAUUACUGUAUUUUUAAAUUUAUUAUUAAUUCUAUCGGUUAAUAAUCCCACUCACAUGUAGUAUCUUAGCAAACUCAGAGUGUAUUUCAAAGUAGAAGUGUAUUUCAGAGUAACCUGAAGUGGGAUGGAGAAGUACUAAAAUCGCAGAAAAAAAUUAGUGGAUUUUGCCAACUCUACCAACGUUGAAUUUAUUGUUGACCCGAAGGUUUUAUUCUAUGGUUGAUGAAUCUACAGCUAUUUGCACAUAAGUUGAUCAAGUAACUACCAGGGGAGUGUGCAGAUUGGUUCUUUGACAACAUUAUGACAUGAUCAUAUUGCGUGCAUAGAUGAUUCAGCAUGUCCCGACAGAAAACAGCAUUUUGAUAAAUGAGCAUGUGCCGAACCGUGAACCUGUCCCUUUAAUGCCAUUCUGCCCCAGUUCUUCAAAAAGAAGGAUAGCUGGAAACCAAUUGCUUUAUCCAGUAGAAAGAGAUUUUUCCUUUGGACAGGGUUAUCCACCCUUUGAACAUCUGGAGCCAGGCUUGUAGUGAGAAAAUCACGAUAACUUAUCUCUAUAGUUAGCAAUUGCUGUAUGAGACUGAGUAGGAGGUCAAGAAUCGAGGAGGAUGUUAUCCACCGAGGUUGAAGGCCACGCAUCUUCCAAAUUUGGUCAACGUCAGUUUGUUAUGAAGAAUUAGCCGGGGGCCUUGAGCCAAUCAGAAAUGGUGAAAUAUUUUAAGUGAAUGAUAACUGCAUUGAAACCCCUUUUGCAGGGUUUAUUCUACAGAGCGGCCUUGCGGGAUUUCCGCAAUUUGGAAAAAAAUGCCGCAUAAAAUAUACGUUGCCGCGUCAAACGAGGCGCAAAAAAAUAGACCCAAGGAUAAGUACUAUUUUUUGAAAUAAAGUAUUCAAAAACAUUACUGACAACAACACUGAAUUGACGGCCGCUCUUUAAACUUACUUCGAACUUUUAUAGCCUUUUACUUUCUCAAGUGCCUUUAUCUUCUUCGUUUGAGUCAUUACUUCACCAGACAAACAUCCGGGAUUCUGCAGUAAUUCGAGCCCAGACUUUUUCAGUUGCCCAGAAUGUUCCAAAAUGGCGGCAACGCGUCAAUAAAGGUUCGUUUUCCCAUGGAACAGUCUGCACCAAUAACUUCAAAUACCUUUUGGGGACCCCCCCGCCCCCCCUUCUUGAAAAAAAGCCCCCUAAAAUUACAGAAGGGGGCCCAUUUGACCCUCAUUGGCCAAUUUUUAGAAUCAACCCUGCUUCUGGUAGCAUGACUCUGCCAAGGAAUUGCGUUUGACGUUUUAGUUGCUGUAUUUGUAUCCUUUGCUUACAGCCCUGCUGUGUUGUGUUUUGUAGGAUGGUAAUAUCGUAAUCAAGAACACUCAAUUUGAGGAUGGCCCACUUGGACACAGAGAAGUCAGCAUUAAAUGGAAGGAUCUUAUAUGUUAUCAAAGAUUAGAGGUGAGUAUUUUAGUAUUUUUAUCAUAGAUUGCGUGUUUCAAUAUCUCUUGUAAUUUUAAGGUUAAACUUCACGAGUGCAGAAUCUAAUGCAAAUGAGCGAGAACAAUAAAAUUUUCCUUCUAGUAAAAACCAAAAGUUUACGGAAUGUAGGCGACAACGAUCGAAGGUCAAAACGCUUUUGCUCCAACGAUGUGCUUUGCGCAAGUUCGGCACGUGACAGAUGGUCAAAACACGCGUGAUCAGUUUAUGAGUGAUAGAAGGGCCAAACGUGCGUAAUGUGCAUUCCAUUCAUUCUAAGUGGAAGUCCAAACGAAUGCAAGCUACAUAUACAUGCGACGCAUGCGUAAUAACUACCUGUAGAUUAGGAUUGCGUGCUCCUCUCAUCGCCCGCAAUUAGCGUUGAUUUCGGCACAUGUCAGUGAAGUUCGACGUUUAGAACUGGCCUGAGAGAAAUCAUCACUUGCCCUAAUUAGACAAAGGCAUGGAUAACUUGUCGAAGAGGUUAAUAAACUAACAAAAUGAUGUAAUGAACAAGAAAGUUAAAUUCUCCCAACUAUUUUUAUAAGGACUUGUAAAGUACAGUAUAGAGUAUUUAUAUGUGGAUGUACUUGACUACUCAUCUCCCUCCAGUGUGGCGCGGGUUCAUCUGAGGCGGACGGUCAUGUUAUGUUUGUUGAUGCUUCUCUCCCCCGUGGCUGAUUCUUUACCGUGUUGCUCCUUCUCUCUCUUGCUUCAAGAGAGCACGGUAGUUUUCCUCUCGCCUCAAAAUCCAACAAUUGCAAAUGGCAAUUCGCCAGAUGUGUACAAACUAACGAAAGCCUGAUAUUUUUAAAUUUACGCGUAAAUUGUACAAACGUUUUAGAUUUAGAGGAAGUGCAUUCAUGUAGUGGUUAUUCGUCUACAAACUUGAUCGUAUUAGACGGCAAAACAGUCGGGGUUUUUUUUCUCAAAAUCGGUUUAGCGUAGCUUAAGAAUCUCACACGCCCGAAGAGCGCAAAACUCACACGGUCUCUCCCCAGUCUUGCUCUCCGUUUUCAGCCUUGCACCAGACCUUUUGUUUGACUGCUUGCGCGUACUUGAAUACGCAAAAAUACGGACUGUUUUGCAGUCUAUGAUCGUACGGAAAUUUGGAAAUGUUGGUUUCCGCAGAGAAGGGAGAUCGGAGUACCUGGGGAAAAACCUUUUUGAACAAGGAAAGAACCAACAUCAAACUCAACCACUUAUGGUCUCGCUUCUGGGACCAGCAACAUAAGUGUAAGGCGGGUGGUCUCUUUCUUGCCUUCCACUUGCAGCUUACUUGGAAAAAGACCCAGAUUUUUUCAAGCGCCAACGAAGCAAACCUAUUUGUGAGGGCAAAUUGUCAUGAGUCAAUUUGAGUUUUUGACCAGACCUAAAUUGUUGGUACAUUAAUGUUUGGUUUUCAGGUUAUUGCAGGCCCACCAGCGAAGCUCAAGAUUCUAAAGUUUGAUCAUUCUGAGGUAGGUAUGAAAAACGCGUGUCUUGGACCCAGUGUUUCAGUGUUCCAUCUUCAAAUUUUGAACACUGAGUUCAAUCUAUCAAUGAGUAAGUCCCAAACCCAUUGAAAGAGCGUCCUAUUGACGCUUGGAGCUUGGAGCCCCACCUGACAUUGGAUUAAGAGGCAUAAGCACAUUUCCACCAUGACUUCUUUGACUCUUCAACAACACUUUCAUGCACAACAGUGUUGUGUAUAAAGUCUUUUUCUCUCCUCAGCGAGUUAGGGCGUUUUCCAUUUGUCAGAACUGACCGGUCAGCACAUUCCCGUCGUAAUGGAAGUUUUACUUUUUAUGAAAGCUAUCCAGCCAGAUCAGUCAAAUCCUAAUAGUAUACUUGAAGGAAAUCGUUUUUCAUCAAAAACUCUUGGAAAAAGCCUAUUUCAUUUUCAAAAUGACAGGUCCAGCCAUGGUCUGGCCGGCCAGCUCUGACUUUUGGAAAGCACACUAAGUUAGAGUGCUUGUUGAGAUUGCCUCGACCUCUGACUUGCUGUAGUACGAAACAACAUUGCUUGGAAAGCUUCCUAUGCGUUAUCAAGCCUGCUCUUGUACAAACUAGAGUUCAUGUUGUGAUUUGUUUCUAAUUGUUUUACAGCCUCUUUCGGUGUUUAACGAUACCAAGAUGCCAUUUCCCCUUACUGUUCAACUGUGCGACAAGCUUGAAAACCCUUCAGAUGAGCCUAAUGUUAAGGUGGUCCUUAAUACGGACAGAGGAAUUAAGGUGAGAAUCUCAGUUUUUGUUAUUCAAUUAAAUUUUGACCAAUCCUUUAAUGGUUUGGUCUCCUUUUAAUAAAUGCAGAUUCAGUUUCACAACGGCCACUUUUUUAGUCCCAGCGGAUAAUCCGUACAUUGACUCUUGUCUAAACCUCUCUACACCGGCCACCUCUCAACAACGAUAACGGCCACUAAAGCGUGUUCCCAAAUAAGGCGACAGCAACGAGAUAGGUUAGAUUAGCAAAACAACAACUUUGCACGUGCAUCACGCUUUUUUGUACAGUUCUUAGCCGUCGUUGCACGACCACAACGUGAAAGUGCCUAAUUUCACGUUUUGUCGAGGACGGGAACACAAGACAACAACUUUCCUUUUCUUUUCCUGAACUUCGAUACAAUCCUUCAGAAUUCGACUCCAAAAAAAAUUGCUCACAUUUGACGAAUUGAAGUGACGUUUUCAUAGCCUUCGCUGUCGUUCUUGCUUAAGGUCAUUCCCCUGAAUUGCAUUGCGCACCUGUACUGCGCAUAGGAUUGCAACACUAGUCACGCAAUCUUUCAAGAUGGCUACCGUCGGCGUCGCGCCGGCACCAAGUCGAGAGAUGAAAAAGGUUUUUUUCUAAGUUCAAAAGAAAAGGGAAGACGAGAGAAGUUAAAAAAUAUUUGGACAAGGAAGUGUUGUAAUGUGAAAGGUGAUGGAGGCGUUAGCACAAAAAAGAAAUGCAUCGAAGACGGCAGCUGCAACUUUCGAGGCAGACGAGUAAUCGAGUUAGAGUUAGACGUGCUGGCCAGAGCCCUGGAUAGUGGUUGCAGAGCGUGUGGAAAAGCACUUCAGCUAUCAAACUGCCAUGAUGAGACUAUCUCUGGGUUGGGUAGUUUUUUGUAUAUUAUGUGCAGCGAUCCGGAAUGUGGAGAGGUAAAUGCGUGAACCACAAACAUCGCAUCGUGCCGCCGGUGCUGGUCGCGGCCGACCAAUUUUUCAUAAAAACACCAAACUUGCUACAGGUAGGUAUAUUUAUUUGAUUAGCAGCUUUUAUCCGAACAUUUUUCCGAGCUUCAUCAUAAUUUAACAAUCAUAAUACCGUGUAAUAACUAACUUUUAAAUGUACAUGUACUGUGUUUAUGCGCAGGAAUGUUACACGCCGGUAUGUAAACGCACUGCUCACGUCGAUAAACCUUCCAGCCGUGGGACAAAACACUCUGAAGGCCAGAGAAAGAGAAGUUGGCGCAGCGAUUGAGACUGUUGCAAGGAAUUCAUGUUUAGAAGGGUUACAGUUGGAGAAAGAUUGUCGGAGGACCGUGAACACAGAGCAAGUUGUAAAAAUCGGGGUAUCGUACGACAUGAGUACGCAGAAGAGGGGAAAGGGCCACAAUAGUUUGACAGGUUAGUCCUAUAAUAUACAUAAAGCUAUGAAAUAAUGGAGGCAUUUUUGCUUUGCUUGCAUGGCAUCCAUAUCAGUAACAAAUGUCUGUUUAUCCAUUUUAAAAUACAAUAUUUAACAAAUUCACAACGAUUUUUUCUUUUGCUAUAAUAACGAUAAUAACAAGAUAAUGAAAUAGCAGCUCUAGAAGUUAAAAUCAAUUAUUAUUUUUACCCUAGACGACAAAAUUUCCAUCCAACAGCAGUCAGGCAAUUUAACAUUUGAUUUCCUUUAACAAUAAUAUUAUUAUUAAAACCGAAUAUUGGAAGCAGGGUGCUUGUUCAAAUCAUCCUCAAAGACAGUGAGUGAGCUAAAUAAAAUACUAGCAUUAUUAAUCGACAACAAUCAGUCAUUCAUUUAAUUUAUAGAGGUAUUGACUUUUUGACUAAAGUAAAUAAAACGAGACUAUUUUUUUUCCUAGGAGAAGGGUCUAUGAUUGGGCUAUCUUCAGGCAAGGUGGUGGGCUAGCUACAGCGCGAGGACGAAGAGAUGUGCAGUAUGUGAGGCAGCUAAGAGAAAUGGCAAGGAACCGAGGUCACAUGACUGUCGGAUGAACUGGACAGCUUCCACCAAGAUCCUCACAGAGAAAUUUAGCGGAGGGCAAGAAUCACAAUUAACAAGAGAAUUCUUGAGAGCAUUUCCAGUUGCUUUGCAGACAAGUAAAAUGUAAAUCCCUAAUAUGGGAAUGUAAACAAGAAAACGAUAAGUUAUGAUAUUUAUCUGUGCUUUUGCUGAAUUAAUUAUACAGAGUGUGAUGAGAAACUUAGCUAAAUUUACCUGUAUAAACAUGUAUAUUCUUAGUUGACACGGAAAAAAGGUAUCCGGAAGUCACCCAAAUUCGGCAUGCAGUAUCUCCUGGUCUCUUGUACGGGUCACCAAAAUUCCGAAAAUAAGCCCCGGGGCUUGUAUUUUUCAAAGGCCCUUUUUGAGGGGCUUAUUUUAGGAGGGGCCUAUAUUCGGAGGGGCUUAUGUACGGAGGGAAAUUUGCGUUUCAAAAUCGAUUGGGCUAGCUUGUGGUGGGAAGGAAAUUUACCAUUUUUGCUUUGUUUUGCUUUGUAUUCGAGGGCAAAUUCCAAGUACAAGCCCCCCGGGGGGCUUAUAUUCAGAGGGGCGAUUUAACACAGAGUUUUUGCAUUACGAUUUUGGGGGGCUUAUAUUUGGAGGGGCUUAUACAUGGAGGGGCUUAUUUUCGAAAUUUUACGGUAUUUCAUUAAGAAAGCCAUGCAAGUAUUAUGUAACAGGCAAAAUUUCUCGGAAAUUAUAAUUAAAGUGUCAUAUUAAAGUGUCAGAUUCAGUAUUGUUUGAUCUUUUUAUUGUACUAAAGUAACUUUAAUUUGGUUGCCAUGGCAACCAUUUUUCAUCAUUUUGUCCUCAAUCGGGAGCCCAGAUAAAGCAUCCCUUUAACCUGUCACUUACCAACCAAAAAUUAGAUCUAUACGAAUAAGUACAGUUAAAUUUACGAUGUUUUUUUCCUGGAAAGAGAAAUGGGCCUGCCCACCUGGGAACAGAAAAUGAUGGCAUAGCUUCCAAGCGAAUACCGGCACCCCCCUCUUUUUUUCGCUUGUUUGACUUUACAACCAAUAGGCUGCCUACACAAAAAGAAUGGACAAUUUUCUAUGUUCAGAAAAAAAGAUAUAAAGGAAAGUAUAAAGCCAAAACCCAUUUUUUCAUUUAAAUUAUGGUAACCAUGGUAACAAACUUAACGGAAGUGCUUCCUCGACGUAUGCGUUUUCGUACCAAAAGCCUUUUGAAAGUGUUACUCUUGUCCAACUCUAAAUGUGUAUAACCUUAUUUCGCACAAUCAAUAGUAUUCUGAGUGUUAUCAGGCCUAAUUAUUGAUAUAGUCCAUGGAGCAAGGCAGCAAACCGGAAGUUUCGAAAAUUGCCUCAAAGGGGGUAUGUUUGAGCCCUCGCAGCUCGUAAACGAAUACCGGCACCCCCUUUUUUAUUUUGAUUUUCAAGUCCCAGUAUGAUGAAUAGUUAAUAGACAAAAUUUGAGAAAAAAUCUAUAUUAAGUUCUAUUUCAGGGGAAUGACCUUAAGCUCCCUAUUAGCUCUCGACAACGGCCAGUUUUUUCAGCAACCGAUCAUGAAAAAGUCAAGAAUGGUCAUACAGUUUGAUCCUUAUGGCGCGUUAGUGAUUAAUCGCGGCAAUCGUAUUUUGAUUGUGAUCCAUUUAUACUGCUGCAGGGAGUAUAAAUUGUCUACGAUACUUGUCGCGAAUGUUGUGAGCCCAGCUUGUUCUGUCAGGUUAACAUUUUAAUUCAAAGCAAUAUUCAAGUUUUUUGUGUAUUUUAUCUCUAUGUAUUAUAUAUGAUUGGAUUACCAUUAUGGAAUACAAUAAGAAUGAACUUAGUAGCGCAAUAAACAUGUUGUACUCCCUACCACCCCAUAACGGCCACUUUCUUCUGUCCCCAAGGUGGCCCUUGUGAAGAGGUUCGACUGUAUUAUGUAAUCUGCGACCUUUUCUUGCACCUACGAAGAUCUGGUCGAAUGAACUGUUUUUACUACCGUAUUUUUUUAGCGUUCUAUCGAUGGUACGUUGUGCACCUGACUAUGCAAAUUUAUAUAAAUCUGUACAAAAUGAUGUUUUUCUUGGUAAGAAUCUAAUUGUGGGCACUUUUAUUAUUUUAUUUUUUUCAGUUGACUCCAGCACCCGCUCAGCAGAAGACGGACAGCAAGGGCCAAGCAACGUUUGGUCACCUACUGUGAGCGCAACCAAGUAGGUGGAAUAUGAACAUUUCAGUCUUCUUGUGCCCCUGUUCCUGCCUCUUACUUGAUAGUUCUUACCCCAGUCCUUAACGAACGUUACUGAGUCAAACAAAAGCUUUCUUUAAUUUGUAUACCAUCUGCUAAUCCUGCUACUCGACAAUUUGAAUUCCCUCUUAAUGGACGCCUCUAUUAGUGGGACACCUAGAGUUGGUCCCUACCGUUCUUCAGUCAUUUUCCUUCGACUCUCAAUAAGAUGGACACAUCUCUAAAAGUUGGUCUCUUUCGUUCUUCAUUCGUUUCCUUUGAUUCUGUAUAAGACGGACACCUUAAAACGGACACCUAGAGUUUACUCCUGCCAUUCCUCAUUCGGACACCGCAUUCGGACUACCAUUCUUCAUAUUAUUUCUUUGACUCUCUAUAAGACGGGCACGCCCCUAAACCGGAUACCUAGAGUCUGUCUCCUCCCUUCUUCAGUCAUUUUCUUUCAGUUUGACUCUUUAAGACGGACACCUCCCCUAAAAAGAAAUCGAGAGUCGGUCACUACCAUUCUUCAUUUAUCUUCCUUGACUCUCCAUAAGACGAACACUUCCCUUAAACAGACUCUAAAUGCCGGCAUACACUAGGUGCCGAUCAAAAAAUAUCCCUCAGUCGACUUUAAGAGCCCCAACCUUGGCAUUUCUUAGGAACAACCUCUUCUUCGGUCAUAACUUUUAAGUGUGUAAAAUAACUUGGGGUAACGUGUGUUUGGAAAUCAGGGGAAUGUAUGGAAUAAGAAUCAAAGCUCUUCUUGGAAGAACUGCAUUGGAUGCGCCUACGAUAAGCGUGAGGUAAGUUCUGUGAAGUAGAUCAACACACAUUUCACAAUAACUCAGUGAUUGGUCGAGAUAUCUGAUUUAUGAGAGUUUAGACCUCUCAAAUGGCUCCAAAUGUGUAAAACUUUAGUGGAACUGCGAACUGCACUCCAGUGGUUUCACUGCAGCGUAUUAAAGAUUUUCACGUUAUCUCUGUGGUCUGUAAGAGUAUGGACAAUGGAAAAUUGUUGUUUAUUCGCCGAAAUAUUCAAUAUUUUGUAUCAACAGCGAUGUUGAACGUCGCAUUUAAAGCAAAAGGAAACGGCAGAGACCAUGACCAAUUUUCGCGCUAUAAAUGGACUAUUGAAUUCGCUUUUGCCGUUUUUGGAGAUAGCUAGUACAUCUCGGGUCCGGUCGAGGUCGCAAGCUCAUUAGGGAGCUUAAGCAACGACGACGGCGACAUCAACGAGAACGGCAAAAAACAAUAAGGUUUAGAUUUGCAAAACAACAACCUUGCCCGUGCAUCACCUUUUUUUUUUGUACAUUUCUUUGCCGUCGUUGCACGAGUACGACGUGAAACUUACUAAUUUUACGUGAAGACAAGACACCGAUUUUCCUUUUUUUUUUCGUGAACUCAGACGCAGUCCUUUAGAAUUCAACUCCUUAAAAAAAUAGCCAUCAUUUGACAAAUUAAAAGAGUUGGGAUAAUAGCAAUGAAGUUUGAAACAGCGCGAAUUCACUUUUUGGGUGACGUUUUCUCCAUCGUUGCCGUCGUCGUUGCUUAAGCUCCCUAGUUACCGAACAGCGACUGAUAAUCGAGUCUAGACUACGAGUAGUCCCCAUUUUUCCUCAGGGAUAGUAGAGCGAGCGAAACGCGAGCGCGCGUGAAAAUCACCCCACGCGAGAGAGGCGAGACGGGGCUACUGACGGGUUAAGACUGCAUUGCAGGUCAAAUACUUUGUCUAGUGACUCUGCAUUUUAACCAUUUAAUCCCCAAGAGUGACCAAGAUCCAUUUUGUCUUAAUAAUAUCAACACAUAAUCAAGAGAAACGGUUAUGAGAAUUUAUAUAAUGAUCAACUAAGGGAAAAUGCUUUGAUUUUUUCUCCACUUUCAGCAGCAUCUGACUGAUAUUAGCUAUAGGGAAUUCUCAUCCAAAACGGAAAGUGAUUUGCAAGGACUUGUUCGAUUAGCACCCUCUGGGAUUUCAGACCUACAGGGUGGCAAUUCUCCCAACUAAGUCUUAAGGCAAAUGUAUGGAGAUCAGUCUGGAGAAUUUGUGGGUGGAUAUCGAGGUUUAAUACAAUUGGCUAUGUCUUUCUAAGCAUUGCGCUCAGCAUUGUGUGACCAAAUUCCAGGUGUUUGGAGAUCUAUAGGAUUUUACUUUAACCUGAAUCUGAGUUCUACCAUACAAAUUCAACUUUAAAGCAGUUUAGCCACGUAAGGACAUUGAUAUAUUGAACACAUUUACCUGAAAAUUUGAUUGACUCAUUCCUUGGGUGGGUGUUAGCAUAAGAGGUACAGGUUGGGGGAUGUUUUGUCCCCCAAACAAACCUACUGUCCUGCGUUUCAGCUGUUUCAGCCCAUGUCGUUGGAGAGGACGAGGCUGUAAUGAAAGCAGCAAGUGCUAAGGACAUAGUGUUGAAGAUAUGGCACUCUAAGGACGGUCCAGUAUCAGACAAGCCGCCAGCCAGGGUAUGUUAUACUAGCCUGUUUUCUUUCACAUCACAUAGUAACUGGGUUUCACAAUACAUACACUGUAAGUGUCAAGAUUCUUAGGCACUAACUAGCCGAGAGCCAUUGUCCGGGGCUGUCACCAAGAUUUCAAGUUGACGUUAUAUGCAAUCAGUAGGCGGGAAAUUGAACUUCAAGGAAAUCGUUAUGUCCUAGUUUCCUUUUGUUUCGUAUGGGAAGUGCCGGAUCCAGACCUUGAGAUAGGGGGGGGGGGGCGGUGGGGGUGGUCAUCCAGACCCUUAGAUAAGAGGGGGGGCGGUCUCCCAAAAAGUUCGGGCCUCAGUUUGGUCCAAAAAUAUGGGAAGGGUGGGGGUUGGGGGGUGGUCGGGCCCCCGGGUCCCUCCCCUGGAUCCACCACUGGCCGGGGAUAAUGUUUAUAGUAUCCGGAGAAAAUCCCCUGCACUUUCCUCUUAGCAUAUCCACAUCAGAAGGGAUUGGUUACGAUUCAGAAGUGGUAAAAUGACUGGCUGAUAACCUAAACUAUUAUCGUACUGAGGUCACAACGGUGUAGCAUAAUGCCGCUAUUAAUUGAAACCACCAAGGCUUAACAUUUUACUUAUAUUGUAAUUUUGUUAAGGCCACAACGUUGUACCCAUCAAAGCGGAAGUUAACGGAUAAAGAUGGAGAAUUCUACUUCAGGUAAUAAUAAUAAUAAGAAUACGAAUAAAUAUGAUAAUAUAAUAUGUAUAUUGCGCAUAUACAAUGGAAUGCGCAUUACAAACGGUGAAAUAAAAAUAAGUCGAUUAAAAGCUAUCUUAAAAAAGUACGUUUUGAGGGCUGUCUUAAAAGAUGUAAGGCUCUGAAUGUUUCUUAUCUACGCCGGAAGACUGUUUCACAGUUUGGGAGCUGCCGACUGAAAGGCUCGGUCGCCAAGUCAGUUGGUAGACACAGUGCGUUGGCCGGUACCAACAAAGUCGCAUUCUUGGACCUAAGGGUGCUUUCCAUUUGUCAGAACUGACCGGCCAGACCAUUCCCGUCGUAAUGACAAUUUCACUUUUAAUCAAAAAUAUCCAGCUAGAUAUAGUUUGCACGAAGGAGAUGGUUUUUCAGCAAAAACUCUUGGAAAAAGCUUAUUGCUUUGUCAAAAUGACUGGUCCGGCCAUGGUCCAGCCGGUCGGUUCUGACUUUUGGAAUGCGCCCUAAGAUUAUUUAUAUCUUGACUGGGCAGCGACCGCAAUAAUAUCAACUGAAGUAUGGUUGAUUGAGUAGUUUUCAAAGGAAGCAAUGCAAUUUUUUUUCGUGAAUUCUCUUAUAACCAUAUAUUAAUAAACUGCACUCACUAGGGACCUCAAAGUACCAGAUAUGUCAGGUGGCUAUUGUAUGGUAGUGCAGUUUGGAUCUGCAGGAGCAGCCACACUCUCUAGUAAACCGGUGAGAGCAUUGUUUGUUUUACGUGGAGUCUUCAUUACUAGUUACUUCUUGCACAUACCCUUAUUCUAUUAGUAAUAACAUUACUUUGAAGAGAACUUGAAUUUUUAUUUGUAAAUUUCUAUUUGUUGUCUGCAACGUAAGGAAGAGCUAACUUGAGCACAACACACCAAAUACCAAUCUGGCAUCAGCUUACGACAGUCGUUUCCGAUUAGUACAGUAGCUCUUCCAGACCUCUAUUUUGAUUGGCCCUAAUAAUCAGUAGGUUCUUUUGUUUUAGAGCUAGGGGUAUUGUUUGUGUUGAAUCAUCUGUUGUUUCGUUCUACAAUCACAAACCAUGUCUGAAAAGAUACUGACCUUCUUCCCUUCCAUUGCACCUUAAACCUGUUCACUUACGAAGAAGCACUUCCGUUUAGCGGCAUAUUUUACAGAAGAUUCAUUUCAUUUUUGUACAAGUUAAUCAGUUUUAUUACCUGUAAAAGAAUAUGUGGAGGAGAGUUGUGUUUAGAAAUGCAUACUACCCAGCGUUCGAAGAGUUCGUUGGCCUCGUCAGCUAAAUACCUUCCCAAUUCUUAAUGGUAGUGAGAGCCCACUAUGUUCGUUAACAUAGAGUUUCACGUACUCCCUCUUGCAGAUCACAUUCACAGCAAAGGCUGGUCUCCCUGUGAAGCUUGAACCGGAGACGAUGCCUGCGACUCCUACUGUUUCCAACCCUCAAAGGACCAACAGCCGAACCCUGGUGAAGACACUCAAGUUACAACUUAAGGUACUAAUAUUUACUGUUUUUGGUUGUGUUCUCUCCUCAUUGUAAUGCAAAAAUGGUCCCACAUCUUCUGUUACCAGUUACCAGUUCUUUGCGACGUCGUGCGUAUAAUUGUAGGCCAGCGUUGGUGAGCAUUAACUCUGUAGAGAAACUGGUUUGUGUAAACUUUGGGAAAAGAGUUGCAGAGUUGGUUGCCUGCAAAGAUUUCGUCCGUAGUUUACUAGUCAUGAUUUCAGCAGCACUGCUACUUUGAAGAUGAGUAGCAAAUCGCUGAAAAUGAGCAAAAGAAAAGAAAAAAAUGAACAACAAAAAGAUGAGUCCAUUGACGGCGUCAGUGAAGCGUAUCACGAAGGCGAUGACGAUUAUGUCACCAAGAAGGAUGUUUAUAAAGUGAUGAAAGUGCAAGAGUCGAUGUCUUGUAAUUUGUUUGAAUCCAUGUUAACCAGUGUUAACAACAGAAGUGAUGGUGUGAUCAAAGACCUGACAGAAUUGAAAUCAAGUAUUCGUAUCACCACAAUCGUCUGUCUAGUAGCUUUCGCAACCUCUUUUUAAGUAAUAGUCAGGUUCACCAUUGUGAAACUCAACUAGCCUUUCAGCAUAGACCUCAUUUCUGUAGAACUAAUAUCAAGCAGUUCAGUAUCCUUUAUCGAGGACCAACAAUCUGGAAUUCGUUGCCAAUUUCACUAACCAGCUCUUCUUCCAUAUUUCCAUAUAAGUUUUUUGUUGGUUUGUUUGUUUGUUUAUGUUUUGGAUUUAACAUAACGAACGUAGAGAAUUUUUCUCUUUUCUGAUCUGAAACCAACUAAUGUUGCAGCUCUCGUUAGUUGCUGAUCUCUCAACAACGUUAAAAAACCCUCAGCAUGCAUAAUUAAAGGUCCAUUUCAAUAUUCAAGAUUGCUUGAUACACAUUUGUUGAAGAACAGCUCAAACAUUUGUUGAUCAGCAAAGUGGCCUUAGGCAGCCUUCAGACAAGAUUGCUCACUCUGCUGUUUGUUUUAGGACAAAUUUGAUAACCUGACUGGUGAGAAUCUGAAAGGAAAGGUGGUUGUCAAGGUAACAACACCAUCAGAAGGCAUUGACGAGAUCCCUGCUCUGACUGGAAAUGUGUACUCCUUGGAGGUACCCCUGGUCAAGGGAGUGGCCACUGUACAGAACCUCCUUAUUCAAGAGAACACUGCAGGCAAAGACGGACAGGAAUACCUGCUGAACUUUCACACUCAGAUUCCUCCUAAUUCUUCCCCUCAUCCUAUUCCCGUGUUUACAUUGGCAUUCUUGUUUUACAAUGGCAAGUACCCUUCGGUUUCAUGUAGUGCUGACUUUCUUCUUCAUGAUUAAGGGCCUGUUUACAUUGAGGCGGGGGACCCCGGGUAGGUGAGGUAACCUGCUUAGGUGGGGUAAUCCGCCUGUCCAUAUAAUCUCUCAUUUUAAUUUGAUCACGUUUACAUGAUAAGUGGGGUGACCCGCCGCAUGUUACCUCACCUAUCUGGGAUCUCCCACCUCCAUGUAAACAGGCCUUAACUUAAAGGAUAUCCGAUAAUGUGCUUGUUCGUUGUGUGACUUUUUUUGUUUUAAAAUAGCAAAUACACUGCGGUUUUCUGUGGUGCUAAUUUUCCCAUCCCUUAUAAAUAUUAACAUAAAAUAACAAGUGCCCGUUCUUUCUGCGCAGGCUUGUCACUAAGAUUUCAAGUUACCGGGUAAAUGCAACAAGUAGGCGGGAAAUCAAACAGCUAGGGAUUUCGUUUGGUUCUAUUUUUCUUCUCUUUUCCAAUGAAAGUAGCUGGGGCCACAUUCAUAGCAGCUGGGGAAAUCCCCGGCCCCUGGCUCUUAGUGGCAGCCCAGCUGCGACCUGGUUUUGUUUACAGUGGCAGGUACACUUCGGUUUCCUGUAAAAAAAAAAAAAUUAAAUUCCUAUUUCCCUCUUCUUGAUUAACUUUAAAAAAAACUUUUUUUGUUUGUUCAACCUUUUGUUUUAGAAUGGCAAGUACACUUCGGUUCUUAUAAAGAAGUGUCUAAUUUCCACUCAUUGAUUAACGUAUCUGCUUAUUCGUCGUUUGACCUCUCUAAAUCACUUCCUUUUACUUGCUUUCCACCUUGUUAGGUAUUUUGUUAACUAACACAACAUAUUUCAUAAACAGUACUAUACUUUUUUGCUUUUAGAUGUGAGGAAACAGCAACAGAUGGCUCAGCUGACAAAAGAAAGAGAUCACUUAUUUGAGACGAUACGCACCUACCGGCUUCUUUUUGAAACUACGCGACAACUCAUUAACGAGAUGCAAGGUUGGUGGCUUAUUUUUGGUUCUUUGCAGUCGACCACAUUAACAUUCGCCCACAGAGGGAGUGAGACGCAAUAAUUUUGUCUUAUCCUUAAAGUCUCGAGAGUAACUAACAUCAAUUUUCUCCUAACAAUAUCCAUGCACAAUCAAAAGAAAAGGUUAUGAGAAAUAAUAAAAUGAUCAUCAAAAUGAAAAUGCUUUGAUUUUUAUCAAAUUCUCUCAACUAAUUCUGUAAGGAAAUAUAUGGAGAUCUGUAGAGAGAAUUCUUAUGUGGAUAUUGGGACUUAAAAGAUUACUCAUUAAGUCAAUGUUCCUCCAUAAAAAGAUUCAAAAGCUGACGCAUUAAGUGCUAGCCCUUCAUCAGAGCGAAUUGAAACUUGAUAACACCAGCUUUUUUUAAAGAUUUGAACAACCAAUUUUAUAAUUGAACCAUAACCUUUAUUUUUGUACUUUACAGUGUCAGUGCAUGAAGCUUCUUUACAAGAACAGAAGCUGAGAGGAGAACUCAGAAAACAAAACAUCCCUGCAAGCAGCUUAGCAUCGGUAAGAGGGUAAUCCUGGUACAGGAUCGAGCCACCCUAAGGGAGUAGUUAGAGUACCAAGCUCAAGUCCAGAGGUCGCUGUUUUCGGUUUAACCAGAGGUCCCCUCUUUUCCACAGAGGCCUAGCGGAGAGUAGAAUACAGGGGAGAAAACGUACGUGGUGUAUGCUGGGAAGGGGAAGAGAGGAAGCGAGGUUUCCGCCAUUUUUCUUUCCUUCGUUCACACGACAGCACUUUCGAGUUAUAAAAGAAGUUAUGUUCUUGUCGUCGGAGCUUCUGUUAGGGAAAUAUGAGGUGCAUAUGUAGCCACACGGCACUGGCUGGUUUUGAUUAAAGUUGGAUCUGAGUUCAACUCCUUGGCCAUGCCUGUUGGUGCCUCUGAAGCUUUUACGUUUACUUUCGUUUUCUUAUUUAGACGAAGUGCUAGAAAGUUGUGGAUGAUGCCUCAUUUUGUUACCGUGCAUACGUCACACGUUUUGCAUAUUACCGGAAGGUCUCAUUUUGUAAAAAUCAAUUCGCACCAUAGAUUAGUAUUGUUAAAUAUCCGUUUCAUUUGAAUGGUCACAUCAUAGCUCUGGGAGUGAAAGAGUUAAUCACUAGAGAGCUUUAGAUUUGAGGAGGAGAACGAGUAUGAGUAUGAGAUUUAACAUAAAGUUUCAGAAUCUAAGCCCUCUACUGCUUGUUUGUUCUUAGCCAUCAGCUGUGACUACAUUGAUAGAUGAAAUGUCAAAAAGAGAUCAGAUCGCUAUUACUCCUCGCCGACAGUGUCUACUUCACCCUGGACCCCGUGGAGACUCUGGUAUUCUGGGAAAGGUUUGUUCAGUUUACUUUUCGAUGAGUUCACACUAUGCUUUAGUCUGACAAUUUUUUUUUCCUUUUUCUAAAGCCAUAGCAAAGAGUAAUUUAUAAUAACCGUUAUGCAUGUUUACGUCAGACGAGUAUAUUUCACCACCCAGCCUCGUUUUGAAGUUGAAAAGUUGCCAAGUUGUGCAUAAAUGAAUUCCCAGGGCAGAAAAGUUGAAAAGAAUAUUCACGCCCAAAGGGUGCAAAUGCAAACAGUUUUGUUUACAAACGAGGUUUGCUGAAAUUUGCUCGACUGACGUAAUUAUGCAACUUCAAAUCUUAGUGACAGCCCUGACCUCGGUAAUGAAGACACUUGGCUCUACCUCGUCGGUAUACUUUUGUUGCGUGUUAGCGCUAACGCUGUUCUCUGUUCCCCCUGUAGGUAGCUCAUUUAGCUCAAGUGGUAGAUGACGACGUUGCGCGAGUACUGUCGUGGCACAUGGCAUCCGAUAUGGACUGUGUCGUUACUCUCACGACAGAAAAGGUUCGUCCUUAGACUUUCAAAAAAGUCCUUUUUCCGAUUUAAUAUGGCGCGGGACGAAGGUCGACCUUUCGCGACUUCGUCGUACGCUUGGUCGCUUGCUAAGACACUCGUGCUGUCGACUUCUAGCAAGUCUAGUUCGUUCCCUAAACCUCGUGUUUUGCCUGCUGUGCUUUUCGCUCAUCAUAAAUUCUCUCCCCUUUUGGGUAGCUAGUAUGUACGUAAGUUAUGCUGUUCCGCUCUAUCCUAUUCUACUGGACCUGUCGUUUUGUGCUCUGUAGGGUGUAUUUUUUAUUGCUGACAAGCGUUUGCGAGGUAGCAAUACUAUUGUUUGUGUAGCGAAAAAAUUCAAUUUUGUAGUAUUCUUUGUGUAGCGGCAAAUUCAAUUUGUGUCGAAUGUAAGAUCACCCGCAAACACACUUGGUCAUGACUAUCUUAGAGGUCUUCUUAUAUGACGUAGUAUAUCCGCACAGCGCUCGAUUGAAUGUUCAAGUUCCUGACAAACGGACAAUCUUGACUGUUUAAACUGUCGAAUUAAUAAAAUCAAUCGAGUUAAAGGCUUCCGUGUUACCUCAGGAAUGAACCGUAACUUAAGUAUUUGCCUUACUGGUCGAAAGCACACUGAUUUCAUGAGCGAAUGUUUUACAUCAACGGGCAAAGUCAACGACUAAUAUUUUGGCACAAAACUGUAAAUUCCUCUGCUGCUUAUUUCCUGGUAAUAAUUAUUACUGUCUCACUUCCAUGACCUCCACACAAGUCCUUUUGUAGCUCUCUAAAAUAACCAGUAACAUUUAACUAGUUUUUUGUCACUUUUUGAAUAACACGGGUGACUGUUUAUUUUCAGGCAAAACAAGUGUAUCGCGACUCUAAUGGCCAGCAACAAGUGCUACCCUUGGAUUCUAUCUUCAGACGUAGUUUACCAGAAUGGAAUAGGUACAGACCAAAUUAACCCAGUUAUUAUAGACGCUGUGUCUCUCAGGAGUUUUCAAACCCAAACCUGCUUAACAAUUUUACACCAUAAAUCCCCCAUUAAGACCCCCCCCCCCCUCUCAAAUGAGCCCCCUCUCACUAAUAGGCCUCUCCUUUUCAGAGAAAGAAAGUUAAUAAGCCCCCUUCUCUUUAAGCCUCCAUUCCCUCCCCUCCGCUUAUUAUUCUUCAUUAUUUUAAUGAUAGACUGUAUUAAUCAGUCACGACAGUAAAACAUGGUGUGGACUGAUCCAGGACGGUUUAUUUACCAACUAGAAGUUCGGAAUCGUUAUUGAUUUUCGGCUGCAUGACUCCAACGUCUUAUACUGGAACUUUUCCUCUUUGUAUUCUAGUUCUUUAUGGUGAACUGAUACCAUCGUUUCUUCUAAAUUAGAUAACCCCCCUCUCUCUAACCCCUCCCCCACCUCAAAUGGGCUUGAAAUAAAUAAGCCCCCCAAGGGGCUUUAAUUGAGGGUUUACGGUAAGUUGGUUUUUUUAACCCAAAGAAAAUUCAGGGAGUGCUCAAGUAGUGCCGAUCAAGUUUAUAAAAUUUCCUGCCCGGGUUUAUGAGUUACUCUACUACAUUAAAACGUACUAUACUAUUAUCUGCAGGUUUAACCUGGCUUACACUCUCAUUCAUUCGCGUUGUCAGUUGUGAUGUCAUAUAAUGGUGAUCUAUCUUUUGAAUCUGUAGGCGAAUUCAUAUAGAACCCUCUAUUUCGGUAGGACCCUAUGCGUGAUUUUUCUUUCCUGAAUUUGUGAAAAUUAGACUAUUAACCCCCAGUGCAUUAGAAAAAGUUAGCAAUGCUUGCAGACAUGUCAGCAGGGGCCUGUGAAUAUGCUAGUGAGCACGCCUAAGAAUUUUCCAGUGGCUUCAGAGUUUUAAGCCUGUAGCGUAGCUUAGCAAUGAGUAGCCAUUAAUAUUGACUGUUAAUUUUAGAGCUCUUCCACAUAUACGAGGUCAGGGCAGUUACAAUCCGUCUGGUAACCCUGUGUACGCAAGAGAUAUGUUGAUGUUUCCAACAGAGGCGGAAAAUUGCAAGCUAGGUAAUACGAAUGUGUAUGCAAGAGUACUUAUUGUAGGGCCUGUGCGACAAUAGACCAUUAGAUAAUCAUUAGCCUGCUCUAUGUUCUCUAGUUUAAAAACAACUGUUGGGCCAACGCUCGAGAGGCGCCGGCGGAAUCUCAUGCGCGAGUGGCAAGCAGAUUGGCUCAUUCGAUAAGUUCUUGAAUGGAGAACUUCUCUAAGGCCAAGGUAAUUUGCUUGAAAGAAAGCAGUGCUGAGGGACGUUGAAUAGAAAUGAAUUUUCUGUUUAGGAAGGUGAACGUUUCGCUUACCCGUUGUCAAAGAGAUACCCAUUGGUGGAGCUCCGUGAUUAGUUGCAACAAGCUAGCGUAAACGGCAAGAAUCAGUUACAUGCUCCCCCCUCCCCCAAAUUAGCCGGACGACAGUUUCUCCAAACAGGCAGCUAAACAUUGGCUAGUAUAGGGUACAAAUACGUUAAUCCCAGGAAACAGUCCCCCUUAAUGCACAACAUCCACUUCCCGUUUGUUGACAUUUCCAGUGAUUCCACGCUCAGAGGUAGAAAUAACUUUGUCAAGAUACAUUGUUAUGGGUUUAGGAACUACCACUCUUAUGCUCCGUGAACAUCUACCAAUGCUUGUUGGGUAUCAGAGGUCUUUUUAUUUUCCUCGCGUGCGGCGGGGUGCUUCGAUGUCGGUAACAGACCGAAGCCGCGAGUCACUUUCACCAGAAAUUACACUAGAAACGUCUUUGCUGUCCGGGGUAUACAAAGUUCUUCGUGACUGUCAAAAAUUUUCCUCAAACUCAAUAACAAAUAAAUGUAUCGAGAAAACAGACAAAUUCUAUACCAUGAAUUGCGACACCUAAAUCAAACACUCGAAAGAGUUUUUCAUUUGGAAUCCAAAUAACCUUGACGUCACUAUGCCUCAUUUUUCAACUCACUUCUCGUUUUCUGCCCUAGGGGGUACUCCCUAUAAUGGCCUAUACGGAGAGACUCCGCCCGAAAGGGGUACCUUUUUCAGACUUCAGGUAUAUGGAAGGGUUGGGAUUUUACCAGUUGAAUUAUAUGAAAGUGGUGGGAAAUCUGUCCUUUGGGCCUGUGAAAGGGCUCAAAGGGCUGAGCAGAUGAAUUUCAGUGUUAUGGCUUUAUAAAGUCGGGAAAACGUUCUAUUUUUGUGAUUGAUUCCUACUUAAAGGACAAUGCAUUUGCAGCAGUUAAAAAGGGGUACCUUUUUCGUGAAAAAUAGUAUAUAAAAGGGUAAGGGGUUGGACCUCGGGGCGUAGCCUCCCCGUGUAAAAAUUUGUUGAGUACGCCCCCGGAAUUUUCUGCAUGUUUUUUGAAACUUUCCUCGGGUUUGAUUCAUUGCUUGUCUCAUUGCAGUGUUCGGUAUGUUACUGGGUGAUACACUGAUCCUAGAUGACCUGGACUGUGCAAAUAAAUACAGGCAACAGGUGAGUACACUUGUUGAUGAUGCAUUUCAAGGUGAUGUUACAUCGGACGAUUCGCAGCAACGAUUUUUAGCGCUAGACAGCGUUGCAACAUUGUUGUGACAUUGAUUCAAAUGGUUGCAACGUUGUUCCAACAUUGCCGGCAAUGCUGUGCCACGGCUGGCUAUUUCAUGUUGUUAAUAUUGCCAAUUAAGCUUCCUUGUGCGCAAUGAAACUAAACGUAAGGGGAAAAAUUUUCUUGUAAACGACAAAAUCACAGCUUCUCGUCAAAUAAAUGUCUCUCAAGCAUUAUAUGAAACGUUAAAUACGAGCAAAAUGAACUUUGGAAACUGUAAGGCUAACAAGUUUUCAAAACUCGGCAAUUGCAAUCCGUUUUAGUCUUCCUCAGCUGAGUUUGUCCGCCCCUGCCUCUUUUUGUAUUUGCUGUGCUAUUAAUGCUUUGUUUAAAUGUUUUGAGCGGUUACGGUAUUUUUAUGUUUCACUCAAUUUGGUGGCGGUUUCUACUGUUAGAAUUUUGUUACGUAAUUCUUGACUCAGCUCCUUUAACAUGAAUGUACUAGUGAAGACAUGACAUUUUUAAAUUUGCGGGAUUGUUAUGCCCUAUUCAAAACGGGACCGUCGUUUUACGUACUUAUCCUAGCCACAGGGCGUAUGGCCUUAAGCUGCACAAUGGCUCGGUCAUUUUAAGGCCCCGAGAAUUAGGCUUGGAGAGAAUUGAAUCCACACCAGGCUCCAGUUUUUCAAAAUGUGGAUACUGUCCAGUGGAUAACUCGAUUGGUUUCCCUUAUACCUAUUCGCUAGACAGAGAUUUAUCCCGUAGAUAGCGCUGUCCAACGUUUGAGCGACGAUGGGGCGGGUUUUUCGAGCCUUUAAGCUAAUUGCAAAAUUACAGACAUAGCUGUGGCUUUGAGAUAAAGCCACUAACAGACGACUGCAAUGCAAUAAAGAAAACUAUUGAUUUACGCCUGACUAUAGUGAACUUAACCAAGGACGUUUUAGAGCGACACGCACCAACCAGAAGUGGCUGUUUUGCAUCAUUGGUCAGCAGUUUUUUCCCAAAUUAAAUUUCUGGCAAUUCGUCUCAGUAAGAGUAAAGAUACCGUAUUUAUUCGAUUAACCUGCCCUGGGCGCUUAUUAAAUUUUCACCAUUUUCAGCAAGUCAAGUAUGUUUAUUUUGCAACAAACAAUAAAUGGUAAUAACAAAACGCGAAGAUGUAACAAAGUAAGGUCUCUGUAAAAUGCUCUGAAGAAAACUUCGUCUUCGGGGAAGUCUCUUAUUAGUACUUAUUCAAUUUCAAUUUCAAUCUCAUUGUCACUCAAGUCAAUAAGUGAAUUCUCUGGUGCUGCCUCCUCGAUGUCCGACAUCGGGGAGUGGAGUGGGGGUGAGCGCUUAUUCGAGGUGGGCGCUAAUUUGAGGUUGGGCGCUUAUUCGAAUAAAUACGGACUUAACAAGGCACUUUUGUUAGCGUCAAGGUAAUGAGAAAAGGCUUCACUUCCGGUUGACGUGUUACGUCCAGAAAUGUCUUUGCUUAAACUCCCUUGUGUAUUGUUAUGAUGUAGGUUGUAAAGCACACUCAUUGUCCUACGAUUCUUACAAGAGGAGGAGAUCGCAUCAGAAGUAACGGUAAGUUAUUUAGCCCAUUAACCUUUAAGUGACUAGUGUUUAAGAUUUCUCCUUAUUCUUACACUGUUCAGUCAAACAUAAAUAUCGAUAACAUGCUGAGCUGGCAGGUCGCGCAAUAUCACGUGAUCAUGGAAUGACGCAAUGGUGAGGUAGAAUUUCUCCUUAUUCUUACACUGUUCAGUCAAACAUAAAUACCGUGAGAAAAAGCACAUGAUUAGCAAGUGAAAAAGGUCUUGAUUACGCAGGAUAUGCGUGGAGAACGUUGUGGAGAAUGUUUGUAUUAAUUUUAGGGUUUAAAGGGUCGCACCAAUCCCCGUGAUACUGUUUCUUCUAGUGAGAAUUUUAAUCUCCAUAGUUUUGCUCUCUUGCAAAGGUAAAUUCGGCGGACUGCAGAACAAAGCUCCUCCUCUUGAGAGAAUGCGCGGCGCAGUGUUCGCUGCGCCUCUUCCGCUGACAUUCCAUUCACUGACAACGCAGAUCGGUGAGUGACAAAUAAAGCUCUUCUCAUUUUUCACCGCCAAUGUAUAACUCCAACAUUGCUGCUAAUGUUUUUCUUUAUUCAUUAUGUUGUCAGAACAACUACAAGCUUUUAAACAAGCCGUUAUCAAACACACACAAGCCAAGGAAGAACUUUCGGUAAGCUUAAAGAAGCGCAUCGCAUUGGUUUUUUUUUCCUUUCGUACACAAAUCCACCCUGCUGUCAGUGUUCUUUUCUUAGCAGCGGAUGAGAAGGACAAGUUCAGCCUGAAUCGCGUCGAGUCUUGUUUUAACCCUUUAAGUCCCAAAAGUGACCAACGUCAUUUUUCUCCUAACAAUAUCCGUAUAUUGUCAUAAGAUGAGGUUAUGAGAAUUAAUAAAAUGAUCGCCAAAGAAAAAUGCCAUGAUCAUUUAUUGAAUUCUCUCAACUUAUUCUUAAAGGAAAUGUAUGGAGAUCACUUUGGAGAAUUUGUAUGUGUAUAUUAAUUGGGGCUUAGAGGGUUAAGGCCGCUUUCCUUCUUAUCGUAUAGGUGAGCGCGACCCCAUAACUUAAAGAUUUGAAUCCGCUUUCACUACUUUUCUGUUCAGCUCGCCAGUUUAUUUUCAAAACAAAUCGUUGGUAACGGUUAGCUGAUUUACGAAUUUGAUCUUGGAGCAUUUGAAGGGAACACUUUCUCUAUCUCCUUUCUCUAACAGCUGCAGCUACAGCACGGACAAACGGAGGAGAUGAAAAUUAAACACCGAGAAUGCAGAGAGGCUGAAACCCAGUUACGCAUGAUUGAGGAGCGUUUGGGCAUGACUCCGACCCAGUACAAUAUGCCUCCCAGUCCGGCCACUAUGCUGCUGACAGAAAUCAACACUCCACCUACAAGAACAGCUACCUCGCGUCGCUCCAGCGCACGAGCUGCGGCUGCGGCUACCGCUUCUCCGACCUUAUCGACUCCGGUCGUGAAUGGUUCGAGCAACGCAUCGGGAAACACAACUUCUCCGCGAACCAGGCGAGGUGCUGCGAUCUCCCCUGAAGAUGUAAGAACCAGUAAACGAACGCGCCGAUGA